UACAAACUAUCUUCAACUGUUCAGCAAUUAUGUCUCUACUCGUGCCAAAUGUGCAGGAACUCGCGCAGACUUGCAACAGACCUGACCAGCAGGUUCCUGACAGGUAUGUCAGGCCGGAGGCCGGUGCCGACGAGGUCAUCGUCGGCCAUGGCGUCAGCGCUGCAAUUCCGGUGAUCGAUCUUGCCAAGCUGCUCCACCCAGAGUCAUCGAAGGAGGAGUGUGCCAAGCUGGGUUCUGCAUGUCAGCAAUGGGGCUUCUUCCAGCUCAUCAACCAUGGGGUGCCAGACGAUGUGAUCAGUGACGUGAGGAGAGACCUAACUGAGUUCUUCAGUUUACCAAUGGAAGCCAAGGAGGCAUACGCCAAAUCACCAGACGACUACGAAGGCUAUGGCCAGCACUUCGUCGUCUCGGAGAAGCAGAAGCUGGACUGGGGAGACCUGCUCCACCUCCGGCUUCGCCCAGUCGAGUCCAGGGACAUGAGGUUCUGGCCUGCUCAUCCUCCAUCAUUCAGGAAUUCCAUGGAGAUGUACUCGUCGGAGACAGCGAGAGUGGCGCGCUGCCUGAUGGAGUUUCUGGCCAUGGACAUGGGCGUUGAUCCGGAGUCUCUCAUGGAGAUAUUCAGAGGCCAGCCCCAGACCUUGAGGGUGAACUACUACCCGCCGUGCCGGCAAGCCGGCAAGGUGUUCGGCCUGUCGCCGCACUGCGACGCGGCCGGGUUGACGCUGCUACUCCAGGUGAACGGCGUGCAGGGACUGCAGAUCAGGAAGGAUGGCAGGUGGCUCGCCGUCGACGCCCCCGACGGCGCAUUCGUCGUCAACGUCGGCGACACACUUGAGAUUGCAAGCAAUGGAAGGUACAGGAGCAUCGAGCACAGGGCCGUGGUGCACCCGGAGAAGGAGCGCAUCUCGGCGGCGGUGUUCCACCAGGCGUGCCGGAACGCGACGGUCGGGCCUCUGCCGGAGCUCGUGACGAAGGACGGCGGCAGGCCGGUGUACAGGUCGAUGGUCUACGAGGAUUUCAUGAAGCGCUUCUUCUCGGCCAAGCUUGACGGGAGGGCUAACGUCGAGGGCCUGAGGAUUUAGUCGGCCAAGAACUCAAAAACGCAC